AUGUUGACAAUACACAUUAAGCACAUGGACGCCCUAACCACCAAAGAAGUCGUGGAAGCUAUAAAGACGGUAGCGCCAAAUAUAAGUUCUUCAGAGAUAAGGGUAACUAUGAGAGACACUUUUGGGGGCACCCAGGCGGCGAUCGUAGGGUGUGAGAUAGAUCUCGGCCCAGAGGUACUAAAAAAGGACAGGAUCAAAAUAGGAUCGAUUCACUGCGAAGUUAGGCAGCAUGUGGAAGUCAAAAGCUGCAACACGUGCUGGUCACCGGGUCACUUCAGCAAGGAUUGCGUUGGACAAAACAGGAGGAAUGCGUGCCUUAAAUGUGGACAGGAUGGCCACAAAGCUAAGGAUUGUCUAAAUGAAAAAUACUGUCCAGAUCCAAACAUAUCACGAGGCUGUAUUGAAACGCCUGAAAAAAAACCUAAGUCCAGGUGGCGGCAUCAAAAUAUAGAAACCAGGAAACGAGAAAAAGCCAAAAAGCGUCGGAAUUUAGGUCACUCGUAUGAUGAUUGGAAGGGAAAAAAAAUUCCCCCCAAAACCAUGGGACCUCCAUGCCAUUGCAAAAAAAACGCAGAGCAUUACUUUUAG